CCGGUUUUCAAUUCAAUUCAUGAGUUAUCAAGCUAUGGAUCCCAUGAGUCUCCUACUACAACAUAAUGGAUUCUACGAUGACCCUAUCGAGGUGGAUCAAGAGCAGGAUUAUACUAUGCGCAAGAAGCCUGGCAGAAAACCCAUGCCUACCUCAGCGGCUGCUCGCAAGGCACAAAACCGAGAGGCUCAAAGAGCUUUUCGUGAACGCAAGGAAAGGCAUCUUAAAGAAUUAGAAGAGAUGGUGAAAAAGCUGAAAGUCGACCGCCGAGCAACUCUUCGUCAACGGGAUACAUACAAAUCGAAAGCUGAGCAGCUUCGAAUUCAAAACUGGUACCUGAAAGGUUUGAUCUUGACCUUACAGCUGGUUUGCAUGCAGAACAAAGUCGUCAUUCCGCCUCACAGCCCUUUUCUAAACGAAGAGUCUCUCUGUGAGAUCGCCAAAGUAUUGCCUCCUGAAGUUAUUGAAUCGUAUGUAAAAGCUGCCUCACCUUCUGGUAUCACCAAAGGGGAAAAUGAACCGAUAAAGCCAGAACCUCCCAUGAAAGACGAUCUCUACAUUGACGAAGAACAAUCCAGCCCUUCUAUGUCUCCAUUUUCGCAUAGCACCAAGUCUCCUACAUGGCCAACCAACGACGUCCCUUCCGUCAAACAAGAAGACCAGCCAAGCACUUUGAACACAUAUAACUCCGCUCCCGAUUCCACCACACCUCCGCGUCAAGCCAAUUUGGCAGCCAUCCAGCAUAUUAAAAUGAAACUUGCCAUGGAAGAACUAUUUACGACUACUCAAACAUCUACCACCGGAAUGCAACCGACUAUUCUCCAGCUCGCCGUCACACAUGAUCCCCGCAUAGACCUCGUCCCUACAGCUUAUAUGAGAGAUCGCAUGAUUUUGUUUCAAGAUCUAUACGACAUAGACCAACUCGUGGAAACGCUGGUGCAAGGUGCGGCCUUCAUGGGUGGCGAUCCAACCGAUAAAAUGUGUUGGCUGGUCCCUCGUGAGCUGGUCACCACCUAUUGGUAUUUGGCAAGUAGCAGUCAUGACAUGAACGUUAUCGGUUCACCAAAAGCACAGAGUCGCCUAGCUGCAAUGGGAAGCCAUACCGGACAUAUCGCCGUACCGGUUUCGCCCACCAUGGACGUUGAGAGCCGACAUGGCAUGCCCACCUCCUACUACCGGAACAACAACCCAAUGACACCACCACAACAACCGUAUUACAAUCAACAUCACGGGUAUGCUCCUCGCUAGAUAAAGAUGUCUGAUCACCACUCACAUCAUUCACCACUCUUACUUUUCUUUCAUCAUCAUGUCAUAUUGCAAAACUGUUGUUAAAAUCACAAUUGAACUUAAAUGCGUGUCU